AUGUUCCGACUGACGUCGCUGACGCCAAAAACGAUACUGCCGAGAACGCCACUGAAGAUACUCAGGACCCUGAGUCUCAAACCCCCCCGUGCGAAGGGUUGGACCGACCCCACACCUUACAACUACGCUGAAUAUGCCAACCAGAACACCGAUGACUGGGCUGGCGCUGCCACUCGCUACGAAUGGCAGGCCGAAUGGAAUGAUGAAUACGGUGACAUUGGUCCUCGCAAUGAGGAGCUGGAGAAGCAGCUCUUUGAAGGCGAGCUGAUUACACGUGCAGGCAGUCGCCUGCAGGAAUUGAACAACCCUCUUCUUGUUACCUGUGAGAGUGAGACUGAUAUCUCGGCCAUUGGAGAAUGGGAUGAUGCCGGCCUACACCCUAUCAUGAGAGAGAAUGUCCGUCUCUGUCUGUAUGACAAGCCUACUACGGUUCAGUCUUUUGUUUUGCCUGCGGUCAUGCAGGGCAAGGAUGUGAUUGGAAUUGCCCAGACAGGUUCUGGAAAGACUGGCGCUUUUCUCAUCCCCAUUCUUUCAAAGCUUAUGGGCAAGGCUAAGAAGCUUGCUGCCGCUCGUCCUGAUGUGACUAAGGAGUACAACCCUGCUGAGGAUGGUGUGCGGGCUGAGCCUCUAGUUCUAGUCGUCUGCCCUACCCGUGAGCUGGCGACCCAGAUCUUUGAUGAGGCUCGUCGACUGUGCUAUCGUUCUAUGCUCCGUCCUUGUGUCGCUUACGGUGGAGCCCCCGCUCGGUUCCAGCGUGAUGAGCUUCGCAAGGGCUGUGACAUUCUCAUUGGAACCCCCGGCCGUAUCCUUGAUUUCAUGGGCCAGCCUCAUGUGCUUUCGCUUCGUCGUGUGCGAUUCACUGUCAUUGACGAAGCGGAUGAGCUUUUGCAGAUUGAUUGGGAAGACGAUUUUAAGAAGAUUAUGUCUGGUGGAGACAUGAAUGAGGACGACGAUCACCGCUACAUGAUGUUUUCCGCUACCUUUGACAAGGAAUGCCGGAAGCUUGCGCGCACUUACCUUGGCGCCAGCCACAUUCGUGUGCGUGUUGGUCGACCUGGUAGUUCCCACCUGAAUGUCACUCAGACUCUCAACAAGGUUCUUUACGUCGACGACAAUAAGAAGAAGCAGGCCCUGUAUGACCUUCUCCUGAGUAUGGUGCCUAUCCGUACUUUGGUCUUUGUGAACAACAAGGAACAGGUCGACUAUGUGGAUGAUUUCCUUUUCCAUAAAGGACUGCCAAGUACUUCCAUCCACGGUGGUCGAACCCAGCGUGAGCGCGAGGACGCAAUUCGUUCUUUCCGCUCUGCCAGAUGCCCUAUCAUGGUUGCUACUGGUCUUUCUGCGCGUGGUCUCGAUAUUGUUAACGUGAUGCAUGUCAUUAACUUUGACCUCCCCAAGGUUCAGCAUGGUGGCACCACUGAAUACAUUCACCGAAUUGGACGUACCGCUCGCAUUGGAAAUGAGGGUGUCGCUACGUCUUUCUACAAUGAGAAUGACCAGGACAUUGCCACCGAUCUUGUCAAGAUUCUGAUCGAGUGCAACCAGACAAUUCCUGACUUCCUUGAAGAAUUCCGUCCUGAUGAGAAUGACAUUACCUUUGACGAUGAUACAGACAAAGAUGAGCCCAACUCUGACUCUGAGUCUGACGACGCUGAGAAGGAUCACGAGGAGGACUCUGCUCAACAGCAGAGUCCUGGAGGUACGGCUGAUUCUCUGUGGGCUUCAAAUGAGCCCCAGGAGUCUGGCCAGGCGUGGUAA